UUUGGUGAGAUGGAUGGUUGGUUGGUUAAAUAGCUCAUGAAUAGCUAGUUGGUUUGUUGUAAGGUUAGUGAGGUGUUUCGUUAGAUGGCUAGUUAAUAGCUAAUUGGUUUGUUAGUUGGUUGGUUUGUUGGAGUAUUUUAUGACCAUAGUAUUUCUUCUUUAAGGAUCUGAGUACUUCUUCCACCACUGCAUCUUUGUAACUGUAAAUGAAGUUUGCAAUACAAAACUAAACAUAAUUUCUAUUUUCCAUUGCAAACACGUUACCUAUCCAGCUCACACAGGCGUGACACAUGUGAGUAAGAUGAUCUAAAUGUAGUUUCCAUACUGACGAGAGCAACAUUAGGCUUGCUGGUCAUGCUUGUGAUGUUUCAGAGCCUUGCUUCAGUCACCCUAACUCCACAGAUAAUGAGCACUACACUCCUCAGAUAGAAGUUACAUGCUCUCGUUGAAGCAGACAUUUGAAACUCUUCACACAAUCAAGCGAUGUGUCCUGCAGAUUCUCUGUAAAGCAUCACAGUGUGUGUGAAGUCACUGCUGUGUGAGGGUUGAGCUCACGUGGUAUUUCAUCCUGAGCGUUCGAACGGUAGCUGAUAUCCACAGCCGUGCUGCCAACAAUGUGACCGUCAGCUGAACAAGAAUCCCCAAGGCUUGGUGGGACUGAGGAACCUGGGAAACACCUGUUUCAUGAACUCCAUCCUCCAAUGUCUGAGUAACACUUCAGAGCUGAGAGACUACUGCCUGAGAAACGUCCAUCGCUCGGACCUGAACAACAACUGCACCACAAACGCUGCUUUGAUGGAAGAGUUUGCAAAGCUGACUCAGACUUUGUGGACGUCAGCGAGCAGCGAGGCCGUCAGUCCCUCGGACUUCAGGAGCCAGAUCCAGAGAUACGCUCCCAAAUUUGUGGGCUGCAAUCAGCAGGACGCCCAGGAGUUUCUGCGGUUCUUAUUGGACGGCCUCCAUAACGAAGUGAACCGAGUGACGGUUCGCUCUAAUGUGUCCGAUGAGGACUUUGACCAUCUCUCAGACGAUGAGAAAGGGAAGCGGAUGUGGAACAUGUAUUUGGAGAGAGAGGACAGCAAAGUAGUGGAUCUGUUUGUGGGUCAGCUGAAGAGCUCUGUCACCUGCAGCUCCUGUGGCUUCAGAUCUACCGUGUUCGAUCCUUUCUGGGACUUAUCCAUACCUGUUGCUCAGAAGAGCUCUGGCGAGGUGACUCUCAGAGACUGUCUGAGGCUUUUUACCAAAGAAGACGUGUUGGACGGAGAAGAGAGACCGACGUGCAACAGAUGUAAAACCAGGAGGAAAUGCACCAAAAGAUUCAGCAUCCAGAAGUUUCCUCAGAUCCUCGUGCUUCAUCUGAAGCGUUUCUCCGACUCUAACCUGCGGACCAGUAAACUCUCCACGUACGUGAACUUCCCGCUCAAAGAGCUCGACCUGCGGGAGUUUUCCUCGGACGGCGGAGAGCGUCCCGUCUACAACCUUUAUGCAGUUUCCAACCAUUCGGGGAACGCUUUGGGGGGGCACUACACCGCCUACUGUAAAAGCCCCGCGCUGGGGGAGUGGUACAACUACAACGACUGCAGGGUGAGUCCGGUGUCCUCCAGUCAGGUCCGCAGCAGUAAUGCCUACGUCCUUUUCUACGAGAUGACCUCCUCCGUGACGCACAGCAAAUACCAGACGUGUCGACUUUAGACUCUUUAACCUGCAUAAAAAACACACACACACACACUUCCUGAAGAGAGACAGCGCCCCCUGCUGGAGGGAGUCCUGCCACUACAGACAAUGGAUAUAAAACACAGAGACAUGAUGAGUAAAAACUUCACCUUCCUCUCGGUGUGUUUUCGGAGGAUUUUUCUGCACAUUUGAUCUUCAGGAUGUCAAGAUGAGCUCGUGAGUUGGAUGGACGCUUGGAAAAUAUUACCUACGUGUAAAAUUCAGCUCAAGGCACGGCUUAAAAUGCACUCCAAAAAAUCUGUUUUAACUGCUGUGCCUCGAUCUGAAUCCACACACACCAGUGGAUUUAUUUCCAUCCACUUUGACGACAUGGAACAGCUAAUUUAUUGUAUUUAACACGUAGUAACUGAGAGUGUAAACUGUAUAUUCUAUUGAGCGAAGCCUUGUGGUUUUGGACAGAUAUUAUUUUUGUACAGUAUUUAUGUACGGCGCAGGGAAUGUACCUGAUUGUGGUGGAAAGCCCAAAAAUACCAAAGCUGCUUUAGAAUAAAAAAUCAAGCAUCAACAAUAUUUGUUUUGCUUUUCCAGCAAUUAAAUAAUGUUGCUGACAUCUGAGUCUAUGAAAGAUUAAAAAUACAAUGUUAACUUACAA